GGAAGGAAGGGGAGAAAGAAGAGGAAGGAAGGAAGGAAGGAAGGAAGGAAGUGUGUGUGAAUUGCCUGUCCCUGAUGCACACAUGUCUUUUGCGCUGCUGAGACCGGUAGCUGGCCGUUGCCUGUACCCGGAGAUCAGCAUGCUGUCUGAAGGCGAUGAGGAGAACGACAGCGAGAGCUCUGGCUCCGAGCGCUCCUUCGGCCUGAGCGCGUACGGCGAGGGUGAGGGCAAGAGGAAGAGGAAGGUGCGGGUGGGUGGGGUGGUGCGGCAGAGGCAAGCGGCCAACGCCAGGGAGCGUGACCGCACCAACAGCGUCAACACGGCCUUCACCGCCCUCAGGACUCUGAUACCCACCGAGCCGGCAGACCGCAAACUCUCCAAAAUCGAGACCCUGCGGCUGGCCUCCAGCUACAUCUCCCACCUGGGCAACGUGCUGCUGCUCGGGGAGGCCGGGGACGGACAGCCCUGUCACACCAGCGCCUCCACCUACUACCCCAACACCAGGAGCUCCGAGCCCGACAGCAAUCAGCCCAGGCAGAUCUGCACAUUCUGUCUGAGCAACCAGAGGAGGCUGAACAAAGACCGCGACAGGAAAAGCACGAUUCGAAACUAACCGGGAGGAGGGAGGAGAGACCUGGCCUGUGGAGUUUGCGAGCUCACUGCAAGUCUGAGAGCCACAGAGCAGGGAGGAACUCAGCUUCCCUUUGAAGGAUGUGGAAAACUGGGAGAGGAGGGCGCUAACCAAAUGCUUCUUAAAAAAAACUCACACGAGCAAGCCCAGUGUCUCAACAUUUCACUGCAUCUGACAGUCUCGGAUUUAAAUACAAGGGGAAAAACAUGAAGAACCCCCUCCCCCCCCCACCUGACCACCUUUCUCUCUCCCCCCCAAAGACUGACAGCCUUACCCGUGAGCCGGAUUAGUUAAAAGGAAACCAGUCGGGAUGGAGGAGGGAAACAAAAUGACAAAACUGCACCCAGUGGCUUUAAAAAUUAAACACAAAACUUUACCCACACGUGGGCUGCUGUCAUGUAAGAAAUGUGUAAUAUAAGAAGCAAUUUUGUACAUAAAAUAAACACCCGUUCUGAGU